UAACAGUGUUCCAUUGUUAUGUCCUCUGUGCUCUGCAAAAGGACUGGAGGAGUGUGGUGUUCCUCAACUCUUCGAAAUUUCUUCGGAUUGUCUUUGUUACUAAGACUAGCAAAACCACUGCCGACGGCAAAGUUUAAUUUUUUUUGUUCUCUUACAUGCUGGUUUAUUCUAGUAGCUGUAUUGAAUCUACUCAACAAUGAGUUCUCAGGGAUUCCAACCGAAAGAAAAUGAUGAUACUUUUAAUAUCACAGCAAAAAUACCCCAGUUUUUCAAGAUAAUUCUUCAAAGUACUGUCCUUGAGGGAAGACUCCGGAUUCCGAAAAAAUUUGUGAAGAAUCAUGGGAAGUGUUUAUCAAGUCCAAUGAUCCUUAAGGUUCCCACUGGAAAUACAUGGAAAGUAGAAUUGUUAAGGAGUGGGGAUGAUGUUUGGCUAGCCAAGGGUUGGCAGGAAUUCACAGAGUAUCACUCACUGAAACAUGGCAACAUGUUAGUGUUUAAAUAUGAAGGAGAUUGCCAAUUCAGUGUGCUUAUAUUUGAUAUGAGUGCUGUAGAGAUUGAGUAUCCAGAUAGGGAUAUUCAUUCAGGGAAAGAGACAGAAAAGCAUGAAAAUGAAGAGGAUUUCAAGGGAAAAGUACAAAACAAGAGGUCUAAAGGCAACCAAUCCCCAGUUAUAGAUAUUGAUGAUUCAGAUUGCUUCAUUCAAGAAUCUAGAGGAAAGUCCAGCAAAUUGAGGAGGAAAAGGGGUGUUGGUAAGAAACCUGGAAGGCCUCCAAAUUCAAAUAUUUCUACAGAUCAUGAAUCUGCCAAUAAAUUUACCUCAAGCUAUCCAUAUUUCGAGGCCAUUUUGGGCGCAAAUGGUACGGGGCAAAUCUACGUGAGAGUACCGACUAGCUUUAUCCGGGCGCAUAUGAAAUGCGAAACUCAUGCUGUGAAGCUUAAGGUUGCAGAAAAAACAUGGCGUGUGAAUUUGUAUAUUAAUUUACAAAACAGCGCAAGUAAACUUUGUGGAGGUUUUACUUUAUUUCUGAGGGAAAAUGGUCUGAAGAAAGGAGAUGUUUGCAUCUUUGAGCUUAUUGGAAGGAGAAUGAUGAAUGUGCAUAUCAUCAAGCCCACAGUAUUUCUCUACCCUGCUUUAUCGUCGUAUGGGUCUGGCCACCAUUCACAGUUCCAGUUGCCGUUUAACUGGCGUCUUUUUGUGGGUUGCACUCCAACUGUUACAGAAUCUCAUAGAAAGCUGUUAAAAGUCUCGAUUUUUACAAGCCCUGAGCUUAACUUAACGAUUAUGGAAAAUGCACCCCAUUUUUUUAAGAUAAUUCUUGACAGUACCAUCCGCCAGAGGAAACUUGCUAUUCCAAGAAAGUUUGUGAAGAAAUAUGGAAAUUGUUUGUCAAGUCCUGUAAUCCUUAGUGUUCCUAGUGGUACUAUCUGGCGAGUGGAGUUGUUGAAGUGCAAUGAUGAUGUAUGGUUGGGACAAGGUUGGCAAGAUUUCUCAAAUUACUACUCUUUGGAACGUGGAAGCUUUCUUGUUUUUAAAUAUGAGGGAGAGUGCCGAUUUCACGUAGUCAUAUUCGAUAAGAGUGCUUCAGAGAUUGAGUACCCAUAUAGUAACAGCCACAAUGCAAAUCCUAAUCAUGAUGAACUUCAAGAUAUUAAGAUUGAAGAAAACGAAGAUGACAUCUCUGUCAAAGCAUUAGAUGUUCUGUCACAAUGCAAGAAAGUAGAGGAGAAAUCAACAUUCCUACAUCCUCAGUCUCGGAAGGUCAUGCAAUCAAGGUGCAAAAAGAAUGAUCGAAGGAAGGUGGGAAGGCCACCUUCAUUUCCAAUUACUUCUCAAGCUCUUGAAGCUGCCAACAAUUAUGUAGCAAAAUAUCCAUCUUUCACGGUUUUGAUGAAGCGAUAUCAUUGGGAAAAUGGCAUUGUGGUCUUGCCGUCAAGCUUUUUUGUAAGGCAUUUUGAAUGUAAAACACAGAGCAUAAUGCUUCAAAAUGCAGAUAGAUUUUGGCCUGUGAAGUUGAUCAGCUCUUCAGAUAGUACUCGAGCUUCUUUUUCUGCUGGUUGGCGUGUAUUCUCAAGGGAAAAUGCUAUAGAAGUUGGAGAUGCUUGUGUGUUUGAGCUGAUUAAGAGGAAUGUGUUGAAUGUAACAAUUUUCAGAUGUGUUGAUUGACAACUUCACAAUCUGUCAUUCUUUCCUUUUUGAAGUAUUUUGCAACGGUCAGACAUUGAAAUAAUACUGUGUUCUUUUUGUCGUCUUU